AUGGCCUCGGUCAAGCCAGAGCCCGCCGCGCAGCCGCCGCCCAAGGCCCCUGCAGCCCCUGCACCUCCUGCACCUCUUGCAGCCCCCGGCAACCCCAAUCUCGACCUCUUGCAGGGCAUGCUGAACAUGGUGUUACUGACGACGGGCCGCUUCAUCAAAGAGCACCACGCCGGCGGUGGCACCGGCCGCAUGAAGCAGGGCAUGCAGCGCGCCGUCCCCGCCGCCACCGACCGCUUCCACGACGCCCUCGACGAGCUCGAGAACGAGGUCCGCCUGGCGCAAUCCGUCCUGCGACGGGACCUGGCCUUGUUGUUGCACCACCGCAAGGAGCGCGAGGCUGCAGCCAAGCACCACGAGGCGGAAAGCGCCCGCGCCGCUGCAGAGUCGGGGCUCAGCGUGCCUGCAAAAGAAGAAGAGGGAGACGUGGCCGUGAAGCCAGAGAGCACCACGCCCGCCCCCCAGCCCGAGGCUCCACCGCCCGCCGAGCAGCCCACCGAGCAGCCCGCCAAGCAACCCACCCAGCAACCCACCAAACCAGACUCGCCAGAAGCGGUCCCCAAGGUCGAAGACGAAGCACAGCAGCCACCACCGCCAGACACCACCACCGCGCCGCCCGCCGAUCCUCUCUUCCACGGCACACCCACCGACUCCAUCCCACACGAGCACGAGUUCGACUUCGACUUUGAGUUUGGCGAUGCAAUGGACACGUCUGGCACCCACGACAACCCCGCCGACACCAUGGACACGUCCGACGACCUCGACUUCCAUCUCGACGAGGGGCCAUCGCUCUUGCGUGGCCUAGAAGGCUUUGCAAAGAGCGGUGGCGACAGCAACAGCAGCAACAACAACAGCAACAGCAGCAACAACAACAGCAACAGCAACAACAACAGCAACAACAACAACGCGCCCAGCGCCGACAUGGACCUCGACUUCUCCAUGUCUGAUCUCCCAGACACAACCGCAGACUCCAACGCUGACGCCAACGCCGACUCGAAGCCUCCACUGGAGCAGCCAAAGCCUGCAGAGCCCACCCAGCAACAUGCGCCACAGCCUGCGCCACAAGCAGACGACACAAAGGACUUGAAACCUGUCCAGGAACCAGCAGACACCAAACCCACUCACGAUGCAAACGACACCAACAACACCCUUGACGAGCCCAUGGAGACCAUGACUACCGACAACCUCGAAGACCUCUUCAAUCUGGACGACUACGACAACCCGGAGGGGGGAGACUCGGCCUUUAACGACGCUUUCUUCAAUUUCGACUGA